UUAGCACACAAUCUUGCCGUGUUUCAUGUCAGUCGUUCAGCCUGUCGUGAUCGUGUUCCUGAACUCUGCUUCAGAUGCUGCGGUGACUUUAGGAAUGGUGCUGCUUCAUGAGGCUGCGACCUCUGACCUGGACAUUGGGAAGAGGAAAAUCAUGUGUGUAGCAGGAAUCGGGCUGGUGGUGCUGUUCUUCAGUUGGCUGCUCUCCAUCUUUAGGGCCAAAUAUCACGGAUAUCCUUACAGCUUCCUGCUUGGUUAAAUGAAGACCCUCGGAGGAACUGUGGCAAAUAUUAAUGCGCAAAGUGCCUUAAUGUUUAAAACGAGUGAUCGAUAUGGUAAAGUUCUGCUUGAGCCUGUAUGUGCCUUUUUGCUUUCUUUUUAUAUAUUACAGAUUAGAUUUGAAAAGUUUUUAAUGAAAGUUUGUUAAAUUCAUGUGAUUUCUCUCCCCGAGUGGUGUAGUGUAAGGAAACGUGGUGUCGGUUACACAGAGGAUAAACUGAAGCAGAUACACUGUAUGGCAUCGCUUGCUAACUAGGUUUCUUAGCGAAUCAAAUGCAGUUUUAUAUUGAAUUUGGUUCAAAUGCGUAGAUUUGGAAGACGCACAAAAGCAAGCAAGGUGUUUUCACUUCUACCUCAUAAAUGUGCAUAUCGAGUGUCCAAAGUCAAAUCAAAGUCGUCUAGCUUCUGAGGUGGUUCAGUAUGAGAUGGAGGGAAAGCUCAGGGUGAAUGAAAGUGUCCUAAAUGUGGAGUGUUUGCUGUUGUCCUGCCUCAGGUGAUGAUUUCUGCCAUUAAAAGUGCCUUGAUUACUU